CCCUCAUUUUGAUGCAAAUGCCUAAAAAUGGUCACAGCACAUGGCAUUUUCUUCAGGAUUUGUCUCAAAGGGAUGUUUUUAACCAGCUUGGCAACGGUGCUCAGAUGGUUACAUGUAUCCAAAAGCUUCCAUCCAAAAAUAUUUGGGAUACUUCUCCUGUUUUGAAGAAAAUGAACUGCAGCCUUUUUGAAGUGCAUUAAUUAUGUACCUCAUAAUUCAGUUUAUUUGGAGAUAUGUUCUGCUUCUGUUUUCAUGGAUUCCUAUUUCUACAUCAUUCAUUUGACAAACAUAAAAAGUGGACAUUGUGGCAGCAUGGGCUCUGAACAUGUUCUCUCCUUCCUGUUCUCAAGAACAUACAAUGGAGAAGGCACAUUGAGUAGCACACCUGCCCAACCUUCCACACCGCCAUCAGCUUUCCGUGUAUCAAACAAAAAACACCAAACAAAGAAGACUGUUUCUAGGUAAGUAUAGUGUGCGAAUGUGAUCGCGGGUGAUUGUUUUUUCGAAUGAAUAUGGAGAUCAUAAUUAAAAACCAAAACUUUGUCAGCAUCAGCAAAGGUGCAAAGACCUCUUAUGAAAAUGCAGUCCCUGAUGAAAACUCUUCUGCCAAAAACCUAAAAUGUGAUUCAGACGAAGUGUGUUUUCCUGAAACCAACCAGAACACUGAGCCUUCUUCUGUGAAGGAUGAUGCAACCCAACAGAACAAAAGAGAUGAUCACAAGUUCGCCUUACUCUCCGGUAAAGAGGAGCCAAAUUUGUCAUCUCUCAAGUCACCAAAGCGACCUAACUGCCCACCUGAAGAUGAAACUUUUAUUGUGGAGAAUGACAAAAGAAAAAGAAAAAGAAAAAGUGACUACAGUCAGCCUGAGGACUACAAAGGGUCUGAGAUCGGCUCAGGUUUGGAGGACAGAGGGAACACCCAGUCCAAUUGUGAGGGGAACGAAAACAAGCCACAUAUCAUCCUGUCAUUCAAGCCAGAGCAAAUGAGAGAGAAGAGGUUUUUGAAUGAAACAUUUACUCAAAAUUCAGAAGAUGAACACUCCACUGCAAAAAUGCCUGAUCAGCCAUUUGGAGUGCGUACAUCCUGGGAAGAUUGUGCUGUUGAACAAAUUAAAAACAUUGCUUAUGGGAGCAUCGAAGACUUAAACAAUGACAUCAGUGUACCAAUCAGAAUAAGCAAUUUUGUCCAAUAUGCCAAUGUAAUUGACAUUGUUCAAAAAUUUUGGAGGAAUCAGGAAAAGCAGGAUGUCACCCUUUUAGUUGGUAGAUUCUCAGUACGGUUGCAAGGAAGUGAUCUGUACUGUUGUCCAGUCAAAAAAGAUGAGAAAAAUCUUCAUCUUCAUUACAAAAAUCUUUCUUAUGCAACACUGAAACUAUCGAAAAGAAAUGCUAAAAACUUUUCUGAGACAAUUUGGAACUAUAUCAUGGGGAACCAUGACAAAGUUGAAUCUUAUGUACUGACACCUCAAGAUGCCACUGCAGUAUGUGCUGUUUUGUUCUCAGAAGUUAUUAGGUAUCCUGACAUGUUUUUCCACAACAUUCUUCUGAUGCAUUAUUAUAAAUCAUGGAGCGAGUUUUGUGACCAUCAUCCCAUGGUAACAGGAGGGUCAUGGAAACAUCAGAGCAAUGAAGUAGUGCCGGAAAAAGUUGUAAAGAGAAAACAAGAAAACCUUGUAUUUUGUGCUAAGAGAAUAAUGAGCAGUGAGGGAAAAAGAAGCACUCUAUUCCAAGUUACCUCCCCAGUUUGAAGAACCAGAACCUUGGAGAACAUGCUCAUGGACUUAUGCGGAUCGCAAAAUGUGUUAAUAUAAAUUGGGGGCUCUUUUUGAGAGAGGCUUUUGGGGUAUGGGAGCUGAAAACGCAGCGACUCCUAAAGUUUCAAUCAACUAUCUAUCUAUCUAUCUAUCAUUUUAUAUACUAUUUAUGAUUUU